AUGAAAAACAGAGAACUUCGUGUGCACUCCCGCUCUUUUACUGCGCUCCUCAGCUUUGCUGAAUCUUCGGGGCUGCGGCAUGUGCCGUACGAGUACGGUUUUAUUGCUGAUCUUCAAUGCGCACCAUCCUCGAUGAGUGAUCUCACUAGAUCAGUUGAGCUGCUGGAAAAGAUAGGAGUUCCAUUCAAGACAGUGCGAUCCUGUCUGUUCUACAUUGCUAGAGAAAGAGAUAGAGACCUGAAGGCUCUUGCCAAGGCCUUCCCUAGAUCUACCCUUACUAUCUGCAGAGUUCUUUUCGAGCACUUUUCUGAUGAAUGGAAAAAAUAUCUGGUCAAGCUGUUCAAAUAUUCAAUUGCUCACAUGGAGGACAGAAAAAGCCAAAUAGUCACAGCUGUAAAAACACUCUGCACAAUUGAGACAAAGCUCAGCUGUUUACUACAAGAAUACGUGGUGGAGUGCGUUGUAGAGCAGUGCACAGAGACAAAGAUCAUAGAUGCCAUCUCCUCUCUUCUUGCUAAUGAAAAGUAUACUAAGCACCUGUCUGCUCUGCUUUCUGCGAUAUAUGCACAAAAGAAAGGAAAUGAUUUUUUUAUCUUUCUAUCAAAGUGCACUGAUUCUAGAUCACACUCUCUUCUUUAUGUGCACACUGUUCAUGCUCUUUUCAAGAGAGGGAUAUUUAGUCCCAUUAACUCGACCACAAUGAUCAAAAACAGCAUUGAAGUGUUACUGGCUCGGGAAAUUGGCAAUAUGAAAACAAUGUGCAGAGAACAAAAAAAAGCAGGUUUGGCAAAAAAGGAAAGAGUUGGUGCAAGUGAGAGGGAAUACCCUGCAAAGACACCGCAUCAGCUAUCAAGAGUUUUAAAAAGCAUUCUACACUUUUUAGAAGUAGCUUUCAAAUCCGGAUGGAUCUCAGAUAGAAAAACAAGGGAUAUAGGAAACAUGCUAUUUGCGGCAUUUGAAGAAACUAGAAACACUUUCUUGCUCAAAACAGCAUCAUACACAGUGCAUUCUCUGGACAGAAAAGACUUUCUGCUGCGCACAAGUGCAGGAGUUCUCUACACUUCACAUUUACUCAAUAAGGAAGUCGCAUUCAGUGAGCACCAAAUAGAAUCCAUUCUUACAAUACUGCAUAGAAUGGGAACAUCUGAAAACCUCCAUCUGCUAGGCAGCUCUGGCUUAGCAAAAUUACUCGCUAAACCGUUUUUAACCUGUCAAAAAACCUCAUCCAUCCUCAGCAGAGCAUGUAUGAAUGGAGAGAUAUUUGCACAGCUCUUUGAUGAGGUUGAGAACAAAUCUUCUGCAUCCUCUGCUAUCAUUAAAUCUUUCGCAGAUGCCAAAAUUCAAAUGCCUGCAAGCCUCAUUUUUAGAUACAUGGCAUCUGUACAGAGCAAGAAUGAAAAAGACUGGGCGUGCAUAGGAGAGUCUUCAAAGUACAUUGCGGAUAUACUUCCAAAUACUCAAAAAGAGAGCCUUUCGCACAGUCUGCUUGAAUGGGCAUGCAAAGCAUUACCGUUGGGGCAGGAUUAUACGUACAUCUGCAGUCUUAUUGAAGGAUGCGCUAAGUAUGCUGGUGAACAUGCCAUUUUGGAAGAGACCUUUGUGCUUCUUUUUGAACGUUUUAGCGACUGUCCAGAUUCGGCAUUUUUCAACAGUAUGUUUUCUCUUUUUUCUCGGAUAGUAGCUCUCAAUAGACACUUUGCAGACUCUGCAGUGUUUUCCGAAGUGGUGUUUAAAUUUCCUAAUUGGAUAGAUACGGCCGAGCCUGCAGAUCUGCCCUGCAUAUACAAAGUAGCUUUAGCAAUGCACAUGCACUCGUAUGGAUGGAGGGAAUGGGACAAUACGGUUUUUGCUGCUGUAGAUAGAAUUCCUAGGUAUGCCCCCCGGAAGAACACCGCAGAGGCACUUAUUAUAGGAGAAAUGUGCUCUUCCAAGGCUUUGCACACUGUAGUAAAAAAGAUAGAUAAGUACAUUGAUGAUCCUAGCGUAUCAAAGCUAGCAGUUAAAGUUCUGGCCUCACUUUGCAUAGAAAGACAUACGAAAGAGAUUCUACUGCAUCUGUGCAACAAGUACAGAAAUGUAAAAACAGAAAAACGCACAUAUAUUGUUAACCUGCUCGCAAAUGUUAUUAAAAAGACUGGUGACCGCACCCACAUCUGCAGAGAGUUUUCUUCUUUAUACAUUCCCGUAUUUGAAGAGUCUUUGAGGUCACGCCAUCUGCCUCUGAGGAAGGCUGCAUUGUCUCUAGCUCUCUCUAUCCUGCACAGCUGCUGGGGAACCAGCAAAGACUAUCAGAUGGCUGUGCAUUUGCUUAACUGCAUAUUCCCACUCAUUCUUGACAGGAAGAUUGAAAGAGAACUUCUAAAAACUCUACAUGUAUUCGCAGGCAGACUAUCUACAGACUUUGUCGCGCACUAUCUCGUUCCAGGGCUAUCGCAUCCUGUUAAAAAAGUGAGAGAUAUGCAUAAAAGAGCAUACGAAGCUAUUGUGCAAAAUGUGCACAUACACCCCUCCUCUGCACUUGCAAUACCCUUCUAUCUGUAUACCCAACCUUAUCUAAAAUGGAAGCCUAACUUGAUCUAG